AAAAUUGCGUGAUAGGGCAUGACCUUUGGCCUUGACAUGAAAAUGGCUGCUGUUGGCACAGAUAAUUUAUCUCAAAAUUAAUUUUUGUUUAUUAGUGCACGUACCCGUUAUGAUCGUAUACGGAAGAUUACUCAGGCUUUGAGACAAAUUUAUCUGGAAGGGGUAAAGAUCUGAUUGGAAAGAAUCUUUGGAAGUCAUCUUUAGGGCAUUGAAAUUCAUAAUUUUACUAAAAUGGCAUCGGAUAUAACAAUGUCGGAUCGACUUGACAGUAUGUUGCCAACGGUGGCAGAAUAUUACGAAGGUAAAAAUGUGUUCAUAACAGGAGGUACCGGAUUCAUCGGGAAAGUGUUGAUAGAGAAACUAUUGAGGAGUUGUCCAAAAAUAAACAAAGUGUUUUUAUUAGUGCGACCAAAACGAUCACAAGAUGUUGAACAAAGAAUUGAGGAAUUAGCUGAUUGUCCUAUUUUUGAAAAAGUGAAAAAAGAACAUGGAAGCAUAAGAGACAAAUUUGUUGCUAUAAAUGGAGACAUGAUGCAACCAGACUUAGGUAUAACAAAAUCGGACAGAGAGAUGUUAGAACGUGAAAUCCACAUUGUGUUCCAUAGUGCCGCCACAAUUAGAUUUGAUGAACCACUUAGAUAUGCUGUAGAAAUGAAUUUACUGGGUGUCCGUAAAAUGGUUCAAUUGUGUAAAGGCUUUAAAAAUCUUGAGGUAUUUGUCCAUGUAUCAACAGCUUAUGCUAACUGUGAUAGACCAUAUAUAGAAGAGGUAGUUUAUCCAACGCCAGUAGAACCACAAAAACUUAUUGAUGCUUUAGAAUGGAUGGAUGACGACAUGGUGGAGGCCAUCACAGGUCAACUGAUUGGCAACAAACCAAAUACGUACACAUUUACCAAACAACUCGCAGAGGACCUCUUGAUCAAAGAAGGGGCAUCUUUACCAUUAGCCAUAGUUCGUCCUUCAAUAGUGGGUGCUGCUUGGAAAGAACCUGUACCAGGCUGGAUUGACAAUUACAAUGGACCUAGUGGCCUUUACAUCGCUGUCGGCAAAGGAUUAUUGCGGUCAAUGAAGUGUGACUUUAACGGUGUUGCUGACAUUAUUCCGGUUGAUAUACCUGUCAACAUGCUCGUCACCGUGGCCUGGUACACGGCCGUUACAAAACCGAACAAAGUGUUAAUCUACCAUUCCACGACAGGAUCAGUGAAUCCAUUCACUUGGGGAGAAAUGGAGGAUGUGGUGAUAAACUUCUGGAAGAAAGUGCCUCUUGAUGCAUGCUUUAGACGACCAAAAAUUGUUCUUACUAACAGUGGAUUUCUUCACGAGUUUUACACGAUGGUGAGUCAUCUAGUACCAGCGUAUCUUGCUGAUUUUGGCUACUGUAUGAUCGGCAAGAAGCCAAGAAUGGUGAAAAUUUACAACAAAUUACAUCGGUCAAUGAGCUGUUUGUAUUAUUUUACCGUCCAGUCGUGGGAAUGGACGUACAACAAUCUGGAUAUGCUAGUCAGUCAGAUGUCACCAGAGGAUAGAAAGACGUUUUACUUUGAUCCACGAUCACUACAUUGGCCAACAUACAUGGAGAAUUACUGUCUGGGAACAAAGAAAUACUUGUUGAAUGAAGAUUUGUCCGGUGUACCGGCUGCAAGAGCUCAUCUAAGAAAGUUACGAAACAUGCGCUACAUAUUCAACACACUUAUGGUAGUAGUGAUUUGGCGGACAUUGAUUGCACGAUCGCAAAUCGCCAGAAAUUUGUGGUUCUUUAUAAUGGGACUCGUAAUGAGAUUUGUGAAAUUCUUUCGGAUAACCAGUACCAUCCGGAAAUGACGGACACCAUGAUAACCGAGUCGGUAAUGUCAAUACCUCAAAAUGUAGAGACAUUUAAUAGGCGUUAAGUCACAGAUACAUUCAUUCAAAGAGUCAUUGAAUCAUCCUUCGUAGAUCAAGACUGCUUUUUCAAGUUAACAGACAAAAGUUUCGUAUAUGUGGAAUUCGAGGGUCGUAAUAUUUUUGCUGAACAUUUAUCAUGAAAGAAUCAUCAUCUGGUGACCAUGAUUCAACACCUUACGUGUUUGUUUAGAUUGUACAUGUAUAAGUAUAUUUUACUCCAUAUUUCUCAAAUUCUACCUAUUCUAAUCCCUGUAUUGACAGAAAUUUGUAUAUAUAUAAAGUUUACUAUUUGAACGAAAAAAAAUCCAAUGGCGUUUUCACAUUUCGAACAUUUCACAAAACACGAAGUGGAAAUAGUCCAGAAUUUAGGACAGGGUUGAAUACAGGGCUUACUUAGAUUAGUACACUUUCCUGAAAUA